AUGGCUCCCUCAGUUAUUGAUGACUUCACAGAGGUUUCACCUCACCAACACUCUGUCCCUGUGAAGCCUUUGCAUCACGAAGGCCCUUUGAUGCACAGAUCACUCGUACAAGAGCCAUACAUGGUUGAGUCAGCAAGUGGAAUUGAAUUGAAGUUAUCCACCGGACAAACAAUCAUUGAUGCAUGUGGAGGUGCAGCGGUCGCCCUCAUCGGCCAUGGCAAUGAGGAGGUCAUCCAGGCCAUAACAGACCAGGCUCGCAAAGUCAGCUACGUUCAUACGCAAUCAUACACCACUGCACCUGCUGAGGAGCUUGCCGAAAUCCUGUUGCAAGGCAACCCCCACGGCCUUGAGAAAGCAUUCUUUGUCGGCAGUGGCAGCGAAGCCGUUGAGUCAGCAUUGAAACUUGCGCGCCAGUAUCACUACGAGAAAGGUGACCUCGACAGAUUGCAUAUUGUCUCUAGACGUCAAUGCUAUCACGGAAACACAAUGGCCACCAUGUCUAUCUCUACCAACCUCGCUCGACGAGCUCCUUACCAUGGCUUCCUCUAUCCCAACGUCUCUCAUGUUUCGCCUGCUUUUGCCUAUCACUUCAAGGGCGAUUCCGAGAGCGAGGAGGAAUUUACCGCCAGGCUUCUGGUCGAGCUUGAAGAGGAGUUUCUACGAGUUGGGCCAAACAAGGUCGCUGCGUUUAUAGCUGAGACCGUAGUUGGCGCAACCUCCGGCUGUGUCGCUGCACCUGCUGGGUAUUUCAAGGGCGUCAGGGAACUAUGUGACAGGUAUGGAAUCAUCAUGAUUCUCGAUGAGAUCAUGUGCGGUGUUGGUCGCACCGGUACCUUUUUUGCCUUCGAGCAGGAAGGGGUCGCGCCUGAUAUUAUGACUAUUGCCAAGGGUCUCGGUGGUGGCUAUGCAGCCAUCGCUGGUGUUCUCAUCAACAGACGGGUAGUAGAUGUUCUCAGACAGGGAUCAGCUGCUUUUAACCACGGACACACAUACCAAGCUCAUCCUAUCUCGUGCGCCGCGGCACUAGCCGUUCAGAAGAUCAUCAGGCGCGAUGAUCUGGUCGAACGAUGUGCUAAGAUGGGUAUGAUUCUGGAAAGAAUGUUGAGGGAAGAGCUUGGCGACUGUAUGUCAGUUGGCGAUAUUCGAGGCCGAGGAUUGUUUUGGGGUGUUGAGUUUGUAAAAGAUCGAGUAUCGAAGACGCCAUUUGAUCCGGCAGCCAAGUUUGGACUGAUGGUCCAGCAGCUCGCCUUUGAGAAGGGCGUCGCUCUGUAUCCUGGAGGUGCAACUAUUGAUGGCGUAAUGGGAGAUCACAUUCUGCUUGCGCCACCGUUCACAGUGACGGAGUAUCAACUGCGCACCAUUUGCCGAACGCUAAGAGAGGCAGUAAUGGAGGCAGAGGGGAAAAUGACCUCAGAUUAA